AACACAUCAUUUUUUCCAUUCAAAGUUGCACAAAAAAAAAACUCUAAAAAACGUGUGUUUUCAUUAAUUUCUCUCUAAAUGGAAGUAUCUAAUAACAUAGCAGUCGCCACCUCCAUCUCCGCCGUCUACGGCGAGCUGUACGGCCAUUUGCGUGAAUUACCUCAACCGGAUGUUCAAAUUUUAACUUCCGGCGGCCUUCGUAUUCCCGCUCACAGCAGUGUUCUGGCUUCAGCAUCGUCGGUACUAGAAAGCGUAAUUGAUAGACCACGUAAGCACCGGAGCUCCGAGAGAGUGAUUGCUAUCCUUGGCGUUCCGUGCGACGCCGUUUCGGCGUUCGUUGGUUUUAUUUACUCUGCCAGAUGUACUGAGGAGGAGCUGGAGAAAUUUGGGAUCCAUCUGCUAGCCUUAUCCCAUGUAUACCUGGUCCCACAGCUUAAACAGAGAUGCGCUAGAGAUGUGGGUGAACGGUUGACAACUGAGAAUGUGGUGGAUGUCCUUCAAUUAGCAAGACUCUGCGAUGCACCUGAUCUUUAUCUCAAGUGUAUGAGAUUAAUUACUAAACAUUUCAAGCCUGUGGAAAAUACAGAAGCGUGGCAGUUCAUGCAAAAUAAUGAUCCUUUUCUUGAGCUUGAGAUACUCCAAUUCAUUGACGAGGCUGAAUUGAGGAAGAAAAAAUUAAAGAGGCAGAGGGAAGAGCAGAGAUUAUACAUGGAGUUAAGUGAAGCAAUGGAGUGUUUAGAGCACAUUUGCACAGAAGGGUGCACAAGUGUGGGGCCUUGUGACGUGGAGCCAGCUAAAAAUAGGGCCCCAUGCAGUAAAUUUUCCACGUGUCAAGGAGUCCAGCUUUUGAUCAAGCACUUUGCCACGUGUAAGAAUCGGGUGAAUGGAGGUUGCUCACGCUGUAAGAGGAUGUGGCAGCUUCUGAGACUCCACGCUUCUAUGUGUGACCAGGCAGAUUCUUGCAGAGUUCCUCUGUGCCGGCAAAAUAAACUAAAAAUGAAACAAGAGAAAAAGGGCGAUGAUUCCCUGUGGAAGUUGCUAGUGAGGAAGGUUGUAUCUGCAAGAGUCAUUUCUUCUCUCUCCCUCCCUAAGAGAAAACGGGAAGACGCAUUACAAGAUCUCACCAUUAGGAGUUUUAAAUUAUAAUAUAAUUAGUAAAUGUUUAAAUCUUUUUGGUUAGUUUGUUAUUUUCAAAGUGUAGAUAAAAGUAGUUGAGUUAAAUUUUGUGUAUAUAAAGGGAAAAGUGGUUGCUUCUAAGUUGUAAUCCUAAAUUUAUGUAUAAUAAAAUGCUAGUAACUCAUGGUUUGCCAUA